AUGUCAUCUAAUGGCCAUUUAGCAGAGGAAACAAACCAAAAUGCCACCAGCAGUAACAAAUUGUUAGAAGACCCAGCCCUACUUGGUAUUGAUGAACCUUUAAAGCUUAAAACUAGAAAGAAGAUUGCAAAAAUUGAUGACGAGAGGCUUUUGCAUAACCCUCGAGGAUUACCAUAUUUGAUAAAGAAUCAACGAAGAUUACUUCGAAUUAUUCAAAAAAACGAUAAAGAGUUCUCCAAACAAGAAAACGAGAAACUUGCAGCGCAGCCCAUCUACAAGCCUUCACCACCGGUCAAAUACAAUCACGAGUACAAAAAUUUAGUGUCAAUUUUGCAGUUUUACCAACUUUGGUGUCAUGGAAUGUUUCCAAAAGCUAAUUUUAAAGAUUGUGCUUAUCUAAUUAGAUCCUUGGGUCACAAGUCGUCCCAAUUACGAUUGUAUAGAAGGGAGUUAAUUGAAAAAGAAAUUUAUAAACUUAAAGUAGCCAAAGGAAUCAUUGAUGAAGAUGAACUUAGCAAAACGAAUGAAGAGACGUUGGUGGAUGGUACCAAUACUGUUCAAAUGGACGAAGAUGGUAUUUCCGAGUUAAGGCCAACUGCUGUAUCUGCAGAUGAUGACGAUGACGCUGGAUGGGAUUUUAUGCGUACAGGAAUAACAUUCAAUACUGAGUCUCAAGCCAUGCAAGGUGAAAGCCCAGAGGUUGCAGAGAAAGCAAAUGAUGCUGUUGAUGAUGACUGGGAUGAUUUAGAAGAUGAUGACGUAGCUGCUAUAUUUGGGAAAGUGACGAAAGCUGCUCCUCAAAUCCCAAAUGAUGAAGAAGAACAGUUUGAAUUUGGAGGAGAGGAAGAAGAGCUCGCAUUGGAGUUGCUGAGAAAAGCAGAUAAAGAAUGA